AUGGGAAGAGCACCUUGCUGUGACAAAACUAAAGUGAAAAGGGGACCUUGGUCUCAAGAAGAAGUUGAAACUCUAAAAGAACUUCCUUCAGAAACAUUGCACUGGUGGCAAUUGGAUAGCCUUACCUCAGAAAGCUGGUCUCAGGUGUUGCCACAGGAGUUGCCGUCUGAGAUGGCUAAUUUACCUCAGGCCAGACAUCAAACAUGGAGGAUUUACUGA